GGGGAAAUAAUGAAUCGUAUAAAUCAAUGGGCACCUAAUCGAGUUCUAUGUGACUUCGAAACUGCAGAAAUCUCUGCGGUGCGUGAAUCCUUUCCUCAGGCUGUUAUUACUGGAUGCUCUUAUCACCUUGGGAACUCUAUUUAUAGACGGAUACAAUCUUUGCCUGGACUAAAUACUCGCUACAGAGAAAAUGUGAAUGAUAAACAUCUGUUCCGAUCACUUCAAGCACUUGCCUUCGUCCCCGUAAAUGAAGUAUAUAGAUUUUUCUGCAUUGUCAUAGAUGCACUUAUGGGUCCUCCUGAGAUAGAAAUUUUGGGUAAAUUUGUAUAAAUUUCCAAAUCAAUUAUUUUUAAAGAACUAGUAAAAUAUUUCAUCUUAACAUAUAUUGGACCAGCCUAUGUCCUUGCACAUCCACAAAUUCAACCUGAUCAGGAAGGAGGUGGUUGCGAUGAUUGGGUUCGUGCUUGGAUUGAGCAUGAGGGAAUGCAGCAUCGUAACUCUCUUUAUCCAAUUGAACUAUGGAACCUCUGCCAUCGUCUCCAAGAUGGAUUAUCGCGGAGUAAUAAUUCAGUUGAAUCGUGGCAUAACAUAUGGGGCUCUCUUCUCGAAAGGAAACCUUUGUUCAGCAAAUUUGUUAAGCGUAUGCUGAAGGAGUUCGCAAGAUGGGAGCACAUUGUUGCUGAUUAUAACAAUUCGCCUGGCAAUGGCAUUCGCGGCAAAGGUAUUAAAAGAAAAACCGUGUAUCUUAACCAAGAUAGAAACCUUCAACAAAUUUUUGCCGACUUUGCACAGCGAGCAAACGAUCCAUUACGAUACUUACGUUCGAUUUCAUAUCAUCUUGCUCAAUAA